AUGACAACCCUUAUCAUCCCUGCCGUUUCCUUGGGUAAUGUGCCUCAAUUAGCGGUUGACCUACUUAUACACACCCUCAGAUUAACCCCAAGUCAAGCACUCGAUGAUACUUAUCUUCACCCAUUCGCCUCACCCCGAGAUCACCUACCCGAUCAAACUGAGCCACUGGGUAUUAGUACUGGUCUUGAACUCUACGAAGACAACAAGAAACAGCUUGCUGUUGUACAACAAAGAUCUCCUGUGGUGACACCCUACACGAAAAAGUUUGCCACCGAUGUGUUGGUGCCACUUGCUGGAAAAUAUGACCGAGUGAUCCUUGUUGAUCUGACGAAUGGGGGAUUUGAUGAUGUCAGCCGACUCCACACCAUUGACGUGGUUACCAGUGAUGUUGUACUAAAUGCUAAGGUUGAGAAGCUUAGUUUACAGGAUGGUAUCCAUGAAGACGACAACGAUCACUUUCUGGGGACCACCAGGGCGGUGAUUGAGGCUAGAGGAAAGAAUGUAACCAGUGACGUGGUGCUAGCAUAUGUUUACGAGGGUGAUAAUACAAACGAUGCGUUCGCUUUGGCCGAUAAGCUUGCAUCAAUUCUCGAGUUAGGGACCCAAAGAUGGCAAUGCCCAGUGAGUUGGACGGGGAUGUAUGGACUUCGCCAGCAUUCAAACGCAAUGGAAGAUGGGCUUUACGGCUAG